UGUUGCUAUUUUUAGCCUGCACGCAUUUGGAGGCUGUUUUUUACUAAUAGCUUUAAUGUCAUCUUUGAAAUAUGUAGCACAUACAAAGCUUAAGAACAAAAAUUUACCGCCGGAAGUCGCCGGAGCGUGGCCGAUCCUCGGCCACCUUCCCAUCCUCGACGGCCAAACCAUCCCCCUGGCUAGGAUUCUGGCCGGCUGGGCCGACAAAUACGGCCCUGUAUUCUCCAUCCGGCUAGGGAUUCCCCGUUAUAUGGUGGUCAGCAGCUGGGAAGCCGUCAGAGAUUGCUUCACCGGAAAUGACAAGGUCUUCGCCGCUCGUCCCGACGCGCUCGCCGGAAAAUACCUCGGAUACAACAAUGCCAGGUUUAGUUUCUCGUCGUAUGGUCCAUACUGGCGGAAGAUACGAAAGCUGGUGGUGGUGGAAUUGCUGUCUAACCGGAGACUCGAGAAGUUGAAGCAGUAUCGUAUCGCCGAAAUGGAGAGCAGCAUAAAGGAGCUCUACUCCUCGGUCGUCUCCGGCGACGGGAACUCUCCGCCGGUCGUGGAUAUGGACCAGUGGAUCGGACAGUUAACCUUAAAUCUCAUACUGAAAACGAUCGCCGGGAAAAGAUUCCGGUACAAGGCCGACGACGACGGAGCGGAACACGAGGAGGCGCAGCACAUUAUAAACACGCUAAAGAAAUUCUUUGUGCUUGUGGGGAAAACGGCCCUGUGGGACGCCGUGCCGUUUCCGCUGUUCAAAUGGGUGGAUUUUGACGGCCACAUUAAUGCCAUGAAACGGCUGCACAGGGAAGUUGACGACAUUCUCCAAGGGUGGAUUGACGAGCAUGUGCAGAGGCGGAAGAGCCGGAGUGGGCCCGCCGACGAUCGGGAUUUCAUCGACGUCAUGCUCUCCGCCAUCGACGACGAGUUCACCAGCGGUCAUGGCUAUUCCCGGGAAACAAUUAUUAAGGCGACAGUUUUGAGUAUGAUUUUGGAUGGGUCCGACACGACAGCGCUUCACCUGGUAUGGCUAUUUUCGAUGAUGUUAAACCAUGGGCACACAAUAAAGCGCGCCCAGGACGAGAUAGAUGCCAAGAUCGGCAGAAACCGAUGGGUGGAAGAAUCCGACAUCGACAAUCUACCGUACCUCAAAGCCGUGAUCAAGGAAUCACUGCGCCUAUACCCGCCGGCGCCGCUACUGGUCCCCCACGAAGCCGUCGAAGAUUGCUACGUGGCCGGGUACCGCGUUCCGAAGGGUACGAGGUUGAUCGUGAACGCGUGGAAGCUUCACCGGGACCCGAGGUUUUGGCCGGAGCCGGAGAAAUUCAUGCCGGACAGAUUCCUGUCGACUCAGGCGAAGCUAGAUGCUUCCGGCGCGCACUUUGAGUACGUUCCGUUCGGCUCCGGGAGACGGUCCUGCCCGGGAAUUACGUACGCGACUUUAGUGGCGCAUCUCACGGUGGCUCGAUUGCUCCAAGGUUUUGAUUUCGCGACGCCGGCGAACGAGGCGGUGGACUUGUCGGAGGACGUGGGUGUCACUAUGCCCAAGGCCAAACCGCUGCAAGUUGUGAUUACGCCCCGAUUCACACCGGAGUUCUACGGGUUUUAGACGGCCGGACUACUUAGUGUGCUAUAAUAAUUAAUUACAUGUAAUAAUUUCUUCUUCCUUUUUUCUAAGAAGCAAAAGUUGUUGAGGGUUUGUAUGAAAUAAACUCUGUUAUAAUAAUAAGUUAUUGUUGAAAAAA